CCUGUCAACCAAGAUGCGCGAAUUGGGAGCCUUCGGAGCCAAGGAUUAGCUCACGCUGCAUCGCACCAUGAAGCAGAGGCUUCUCCGCUUGGCACGCAUUUGAUGAACAUUCGAGACAGUGGCCCGUGGGGACACAAGUCAAGCAAAUAGUGGCGCUCUAUCAAACCAGAAAAACAUUCAAAGCUUUCGACUCCAGAGUAAUUAAAUACUUGGCAACAUAUGAUUCAUUCAAAUGAAGUUCCAUCCAGUUGUUCGCCAUCUGGCAACUCUUUCGUCAACUCGAAUGCACGGUAUUAUAUCAUCUGAGAUUCCAUUCUGUUGACUGAUGCAAUUUUAAUUUUUACAAGAGGCCACGAAGAAGCAAAUUCAGAGAAAGAGAGGGCGGAACCGAAGCGAUCGGUUAGGGCCGGUGAGAGAGAAGCCUUUAAAACGAUGUCGUCUCGUCCUUUCGACGACGAUGGCUACAUAGGCUAUGACCCUCGCCUCGCUUCCCAGCGAUUCGAGUCGUACUCUAACUUCGAUGCCAACUCGGUCAAGGACUCAGUUCCUGAUUCCCCUCCGAUAUUCAGCAAUCAAUCUUACGGUAGCGGAGAUGACGUGUUUGUUUCUGAAUCGAUGCCGGAUACACUUUCUUCACCGCCGGUCUACGGUAGCGAUGGCGGAUACUCGGCUUUCUCACCGGAGCAGAACGGGAAGGGAUUUAGCCAAGAGUUUGGAGGAUCAGAUGGACCGAUCUUGCCACCGCCUGCAGAGAUGGAGCCCGAGGAAGGCGCUGCUUUGAGAGAGUGGCGCAGACAGAACGCGAUUCAGCUAGAGGAGAAGGACAAGAAAGAGAAGGAGAUGUUGGAGCUAAUAAUAAAGGAAGCAGAGGAAUACAAAGUUGAAUUCUAUAGGAAAAGAGUUACAGCUGUUGAAAAUAACAAAGCCUCCAACAGGGAGAAGGAGAAGUUAUUUUUGGAAAACCGGGAGAAGUUCCAUGCUGAAGCUGAGAAAAAUUACUGGAAGGCAAUUGCAGAACUGAUACCCCAUGAAGUGCCAGCUAUAGAAAAGAAGGGAAAGAAGGACAAAGAAAAGAAACCUUCCAUUGUUGUGAUCCAGGGACCUAAGCCGGGGAAGCCAACUGAUCUCUCAAGGAUGCGUCAGAUACUUGUGAAGCUAAAGCACAAUCCCCCUCCGCACAUGAAGCCCAAACCUCCACCACCAGCAGAAGCCAAGAAAGAUGCUAAAACUGGUACUCCUGCUGCCUCUGGUCCCUCUGGUGCCCCAGGUUCUGGUUCCAGUACUCCUCCCCCUAAGUCAACAGCUGCAACUACUCCGGAGACUGUUGCAUCUGCUUGAGAUGCAGCUGCUGAGUUCUGGAUCCGAGUAUCCAUUUGACAAGUAAUUAGUGUGAUUGUAAUACAAUUAGUUUGUAUCAUCCUUUGCUUUUUGUUUGAAGGUUUCUAUGGGCAUCUCAAAUUAGGCAUCUAGCAGUUGUGUAGAAAUUUUGGUUGUCCAUGUUUUGUGUGGUUUGUCUUUGUGAAUCGAACUUUUUGUUCUUUGGCUUGUACAUAGCUUGUCUAGUUAUCUUCUUCUUGCCUUUAGACCUUUCUCUCUGUUUCAAAGGGAAUAUCGUAGUCUUAUUAGUCUGGUGUGGCCAUAA